UUUCAGUGAAAAAUUCCUCUCGGUUGUAUUCGGUUGCAAAAAAAUAACGACGGAAAAUAAAUUUUAUCUUCCUUCAAAAAACUAAAAUUAAUUAAAAUUUUAAAACAUCCUGAAAACGGUUCUAGUACCUAAUUCCUUUAAUUUAAUUAAAAGGAGAAAUACCAUUCGUUAUAUUAGAAAAAUAUUAAUUUAGAAAAUUUUAUAUUAAAAAAAUUGGAUUUGUUCUUCCAAAGAAAUAGAAAUAAAAAAAGAUAUUAUAUCUAUACCUUCAUAGUUAUCAGUGUCGAUAAAAUAAAAAAAAAAGAUAGAAGCUGCUUUUUUGCUACUCCAAGUACAAAGGGCAGAGGUGAACACACAAAAUAAUAAAAAAAAGAAAAUUAAAACAUUUACAGCUUAUUAACAACAACAAUUUACGUUUUCCAGACAUCGAAUAUAGUCAUAGUAUCUUAUAUCUAAUCGAAGGGUCGAUCUAAUAUCAAAAAACUAAAAACAAAAAAUCAAUCAGCAAUUCUCUCAAAAACUCAAAACGAAUCUUUACUGAAAUCAAAAAUAAGAACAACAAAAAUACAAAAAGCGUUUCACAACUGAACAGCUCAUCACUGUUCGGUAGUCCGUUUUAAGUCAAUAUUAGCGCAAUAGCUACUGCUGGGUGUGGGCGAAUCUGCGCCCCGCCACCGGAAAUUAUACGAGAAAAGGAUCAAAAUGUGUGUAUUGUAAUUUGCUUUAAUGUUCCGUGUUAAUUUUACUAACCCUCAACUGGAUGAAUAUUUGUUGUUGUAUUACUGUGUAAACACGCUACUCUAACACUAUAUACACUAUACAUCAACGAAAGCUUCUUUUGUAACAUAAAUUAACCCAAAGAAAAGAAUUACAAUAAUGGAUGAUUCAGAAUCGGAAACGGAUACAGAAACAGAAACAGAUUCAAAUGAUGAAACUAAAGCCGGCACCCUGAAUUUCUCGUCGUUCAAGACCAGCUUUACUUCCAAUGUUAAUUUCCUGAAACGACGGUUCAGCUCGGGGGAUCUGUCUUCCGAGUGUGAUGACGUUGAUCCAAAUGAAUUGCCACCGGCUGCUCGGCCUCCACAAGAUCAAGUACCACCACCAUUGCAACAACAGCCAAAACCACAAAAUGCUGGACCCCCAAAUAUGCCACCUCCACCGGCACCAAUUGCCGGAUCGGUUGGACCAAGCGGACCUGUACCACCACAACCUACUACCGCAGCUCCGGACUUGGCAUUGAGUUUUGGCGGUAAGGGACCUGCUCGGGGUGUGAGUGCUCCAACAAGUCCAGCUAAAUCCAGAGAAAGUCUAUUACAGAGGGUACAGAGUUUGACAGGUGCUGCACGCGAUCAAGGAGCUUCAAUAAUUGGAGCAGCUGUGCAGAGCGCCACAAGGCCCACAUUCAACAAAGAUAAAUACUUUACUCUGCUUGUUCUGGACGAUCAAAAUACCGAUUGGUCUAAAUAUUUCCGAGGCAAGCGUCUGCAUGGUGACUUUGAUAUUCGCGUGGAACAAGCUGAAUUCAGGGAAAUUUCAUUGACCGCAAAUGCAGAGAACGGACCAGUAGUAUCAAUGGCUGUAUACCGCGGAGGAACUAGGGUUGCUCGUUCAUUUCGACCUGAUUUUGUACUAAUUCGACAACCACCGCGUGAUGGAUCUAGUGAUUUCCGUUCAACAAUACUUGGAUUAAAAUAUGGAGGUGUUCCUAGCAUUAAUUCUUUACAUUCAUGUUAUCAAUUUCAGGAUAAACCAUGGGUUUUCGCUCAUCUAUUACAAUUACAAAGACGUUUGGGUAAAGAUAUGUUCCCACUUAUUGAACAAACAUUCUUUCCCAAUCCUCGGGAUUUGUUCAGCUGGUCGAAAUUCCCGUGUGUACUUAAGGCAGGGCACUGCCAUGGCGGUAUGGCGACAGCUCGGUUAGAUAAUACUAGCGCUCUGCAAGACGCAGCCGGCCUUGUGUCGGGAUCAGUGACCAACGAUGCACAAUGCUACUGCACAAUUGAACCGUACAUCGAUGCCAAAUUUGAUGUUCAUAUUCAGAAGAUUGGCACCAACUACAAGGCUUUUAUGCGAAAGUCAAUUUCUGGCCACUGGAAGACCAAUCAAGGCUCAGCUAUGCUGGAACAGAUUGCAAUGACCGAGAAAUACAAGUCUUGGGUAGAUGAGAUCUCUGAGUUGUUCGGAGGAAUGGAAGUGUGCGGUGUAUCAGUGGUUGUUGGAAAAGAUGGACGUGAAUUCAUUAUCAGUGCUUGUGAUUGCACUUUCUCUCUAAUUGGGGACACCCAAGAGGAAGACAGGCGACAAAUUGCAGAUCUAGUUUCAUCCCGGAUGCAGAAUGUCUGCCGUCCUGCAAUGGCAACUACUAAAGUUCCAACAUCACGUUCUUCAGUUUCAUCACGUGGCGAAAGCCCAGUUGAUGAUCUUCCUCAAGCUCCAACAGGUCCCCGACCAGCCCCAAUGGGUGGCCCACCACCAAUUCCAGAAAGAUCUUCACCAGCGGUUGGAUCAAUUGGACGUCUCAGUAGCCGAAGUAGUAUUUCCGAAACACCCGAAGAAGCAGCCGCUGCUGAUAAGACGGCGGCUUCUCUAGCUUCCAAUGGACGUCGUGACUCUCAGACAUCACAAGCAUCUACUGUGUCAUCUGCUUCCAAAGUCUCACAACGUCCUCCGCAGUCUCAGACAUCGGUUGUCGAGGAUGCGGAGGAUACUAUGAAAAAUCUCAGGAAGACCUUUGCAGGGAUAUUUGGUGACAUGUAGGAAUUAGCAAAUAAGAAACGUGGAAGGACUGUCAGUGACACCAGCUCGUCCUUUUUGGGAAAACAAUUCUCCUUCUCAGCAGGAAAACCCGAUGUGAUUUCAUCGCAACCAACUAAGCCAGGAACUGUUUCGAAUAACGACUUCAGCAAUAUUGCUGAGAAUAUUUCUUCCCAAUUGGCAAAAAAUAAGGAAUCCAGUGGAGCAGGAGGAGCUCCAGUGUCGAGCAAUAGUGAUACCAGCAGCAAUAUGCCUUCCAACGUUUUACAAGCAUUUGAAGAAGAGAACAAAUACAAGCCAGUUACCAACUUUGAGCCUCAGGAGAGAAUCAAUCCUUUUGAUAAGGAUAGCAAGACAUCGGAUACCUUUGCAGCUUCUUCUAUUUACAACAAAACUUCAGCAGUUCCAGCAACCACUGCUCCUGUUCCAACAGCAAUUACCAGCAAGAGUACUUAUUCCAGCGACAUCGGCACCAAAGAGUAUUUGAAAAAGUAUGACUUUGAAAGUUCUACAGCUUCUUUGGACUCGAGAACUGAUUCGAUUGGAGGAGGUAGUGACUAUAAACCAACAACAUCUGUACCAACUCAUAGUCCAAAUGUGGCUUCUAUCUCUAGUGGUUACACAUCACAGUCGGCUUCGCAUGCUGCAAGUCCAUCUAAUGGUUAUAAGAUGGGCGAUAUAAAAUCAAGCUAUUCACGGACUGAAAGCAAUGAGAAACCUUCCGAUUUAGAUAUUAUUUUUGGAGAAAAUAAACCCCUAUCUGGUGGCAAUGGUAAAAUAACACGCUCCGGAGGUUCACUCUCCGAUGCUGAUAUUAUUUUUGGAGGACCUCCAACACGUUCAGAUCGUUUUGCAACAUCAAAAAGCAUGAGCGUUACAACCGAUAGCCGACUUAACUCCUCUUCUGUUGCUGGUGAUGGAACUGGUAUUAAAAAUUCAUACAAAAUCUAUGAAGGUAUUCAAAAUGUUGCCUUUCAAGAUUUUGAUUCGCAGUCAAUAGGCUCAACUGCAAGUGAUCAUUGGAGUAAAUCCAUUGAAGACGAUGGCGAUAUAGAUCUUAAAUAAAUUAAAUUAACAAAAAAUUAAAAAAAAAAACACACAUCAUUUAGUUACAUGUAGUAUAACCUAUAUAAUCCAUAUCCGUAUAACAACCCUGUGUCAUACAUAAAUUUUUAUUUUAGAAAAUGAAAAUCUUUUCUCCAUAUCUAUGAAUUAUUUUCAUAAAUCCAUAGAUAGUGAAAAUGGGAGAAAUAAAUAUUCAAGAAACAUGUUGUCGCCUCCAUAGUUUCCUGGUUUCAAUUCAAAUCUUUAACCCCCCAUCAUCCCUAAAGAAAUCAUUUUUAUCUCGUCUUAACUUUCAUAACUAAAACCAUAUAUAAAAAUGUAGUCAAUAGAUCCUAACCUUUAUAGUUCUCUUCAUUCUUUCCAUAAAAUUAGUUCAAAAAUAAAAUUUAACAAACAAAAAUAACUGAAAACAAAUUCCCACAGAAUUACACUUCGUGUCACAGGAAUAGGGACAAGCAUUUUUCUUUUUUUAUUUGACGAUAAUUUUCAAACCCUUAGAUUUUUUGGAUAAACCCAAAUGUGGAAUGAAUGAGGUAUGUAUUAAGUUUAUUUUAGAUUAAGUUGAUAAACACAAGUCUUAUGGCGGUUUUUCCAAAGAAGGUCAUGAAAGUACCUUAUUUUUUGUGUCACAUGAAAAGGGACAAAAUCUAAAUUUACCUAUAAGCGUGUUUCAAAUCAGAUAAAAGGAUACUGUUAUUGUUUGGGAGCUUAGUACGAGUAUUAAUUUAUUAGAAUCAAGAAGUUUGGAUAGAGGUAAAGGUCUAAUCAAGGGAGAAAUUCGAACUUUCCGAAAUCUUAGCGAAACCAUCCGUGUUAUAGCUCAUAUAUAUAGCUCAUCAUAAUUAGAAGAAGUUCAAAUUUAUUAUGCAACUACCUCAAGAACCGAGAGAGGUAUGGAAAAAACCACAAAGGAAGAGUCAAGAAAGCCACAUAAUUUCAGGAAAGGUGGUGAUAGUGAGAGCUGCUUCAAAUUCAAGGCUUUUCAUUAGUAAAAUCAAAGCAAAAUCUAGGUAAAUACUUCUCGAUCGACUGUUGUUCGGAGUACACAGAAGACCAUAUACGACACCAAGAAACGAAGAAAAAGACACCAUUAAAUGCUGCCCGAAAGGGCCAAAACCUUAAUUGGGACAAAUCACAUCAGGUGAAAUCGAGCUUGGCAUACAGUCGUCAUUUCCGAUGAAGCAAAAUUUAAUUUGGGCGGACCUGAUGGACAAAGGUGCUAUUUGCUAUUUGGUCUAAUGGUUGGGGGACAGUGAAGCUGGAUUUCAAAGUUAUAAAAUGAUGGCAAUUACUUACAAAUCGAUUCUGGAACUAGCUUUUCCACAGUUUUCUAAAUUACAUAGUAAACAACGAUGGACUUUCCAACAAGAUAGUGAACCAAUACAUCCCACUCGGACAACAAAAGCUGUGACUCAAGGACGAAAUGUGAACCGAUUACCAAGGCCCCCAUAUUCUCCUCACCUGAACAUAAUGAAAAACGUAUGGGGAUGGCUUUCAAGAAAAGUCUACCAAGGAGGACGGCAAUACCAAAAAACCGAACAAAUGAUUGAAUUUAUAAAACGCCCUUGGGCCCAAAUUUCCCUCAAUUAUCUGGCAGAAUAAUUGAAUCCAUACACCACAGGCUACUGGAAGUAACUCAGAAAUCAGGAUUCAAUAAAACCAGAAUUUACCUCAACCAUUACAUUUUUGUUUUUUUCUUUACUUUAAUGGCUGAAUCACAAACACGCUUCGGCUUCGUCUGCGUUACGAUUGGCCAUUUUUGAGGUUGCUUUGAAUGACAUUUCUAUUAUUUUAUCCCUCCAAAGAGGAAAUAUUUUGUUUGUUGACAUUUUUGUACAGCUGUUGAGCUUCAGACAAAGCAAAUGUUUAGAUAAUUGAACUAAUGGUUUAAUCACAAACACGCUUCAGCUUCGUUUGGAAACAUAUUACGUUACAUUACGUUGUUUUUCUUACGAUUGUGAAACGAAAUGCGAGGUCGAAGCUCCAUUGUGAUAGCAUGUAUUGAAUUCCUAUGACUGAAUCUGUAAACGUCAGGUGAAGCCGAAGCCGAAGCGUGUUUGUGAUUCAGCCAUAAAGGAUCUUUCAGGUAAAUUUAUAUCUUAUCCCUAUCAUGUGACACAAAAAAAAACUGGUAGUUUUUAUGAUAUUAUUUGGAAAAACCGCCUUAAAACUUGUAUUUGUCAACUUAAUCCACAAAUUUUAUUUGCACUAUAAACCUUAUACCUACCUUAUUCAUUCCACAUGUGGGUUUUCAAAAAAAAAUUAAGGCUUUGGAAAAUAUCGUCAAAUAUAAAACGGAACAAAACUUGUAACUAUUCAUGUGACACGAAGUGUAUAAAGUACCAUAUACACAUAAAUGUACGAGUAGGCAAAUGCUGAUUGAGAUUAAUAUUGAAACCUAUGAUUUAUUCGUAUUUAAAAAUUGAGGUUAAAACAAACAAUUAUAUAAUGUCAUUAACUAUAGAUAUAUAUAUA